AUGGCUUUUGCGGCAAUUAACUCGUCAAGAAAUGCUUCAACGUUACCGGUUAUAGAAUCAACGGUAAAUCAACAACUUCCUCCGACACACGUGAACUAUGCAAUUAUCGAUAAUGCUUUUGCGACGGAUUCGUCGUUGAGGAAACGUGUUUACGAUGCGAUUAGUGCCUCACCUCAACACGGAGCGCUAUUCCAAGAUAUCGCACAAUACACAUACAGAUUGCUGCAAUCGCAAUCGCAGCAGCAGCGUAGUCAAUCCAUCUCAGACGAACCGGCGGUCAAGAAACGCAAGUUGGAAGGAAAUACCGGUGCUGGCGGUGCGAUUUCAUCUACUGGUAUCCUCCAUGAUCUCAAGGCCGAUAGUCCGCUACAAUUCUACGUACAGGAUGUAUCCUUUGCAGUCCCUCAGAGGAAGAAAUUGACGCUGGAGAUGACAGCUGCAGGCGGCUAUCUUCGUGCGAGGAAUCAAACUUCCAAGGAGAUUGAGUUUGGUAUCCCGGUGAAAAAUAUUCAGCAUAUACUAUGCCUCCCCGUUCCGGAAAAAGCACAACGUCAGACGAAUUUUUGCAUUAUCCCGAAAUAUGGAGAUGGCGUCACGCCGGUACUUGAGAACGCUUCGGUUCCAGAUCAGAUGGUAUUCACGAUCGCCGAUGGUCCUGCGAAAGCCGCUUUUACGGGUGCCGGACAACGUGUAGAAAGCGAUGAGAACGGAGAAGUGCUUUUGAGACGUUGGUUGAACGAUACUGUUGGACAUACGAAAGUCAUCCGCCCUGAUGAUCGGGAGUUUGUGAGCGCUACACCGGAAGCGCACCGUAAGGGCGAAAAGGCGUAUCACGUCAAAGCGCAUAGGGGUAGUAAAGAUGGUUACCUAUUCUUCCUUUCUACGGGAAUACUAUUCGGAUUCAAAAAGCCGCUAGUAUUCUUCUCCUUCGACAAUAUCGAGUCUGUAUCAUACACCUCCGUUCUACAACGCACAUUCAACCUCAACAUCAGCACGCGAGUAGACGAAACCCAAGAACCUCAGGAAUUCGAAUUCUCCAUGAUCGAUCAGGCCGAUUAUGCCGGGAUUGACGCAUAUAUCAAGAACCAUCAACUCCAGGACGCAAGUCUUGCCGAAGCCAGACGGGCAAAGAAGUACAAUGUGAAUGGCGGCAAGGCUGCCGUCGACGGAGAGCAGAAUGGUACUGAAGCUACGGGUGCAGCUAGGGGGGGGGAGGAGGAGGAGGAGGAGGAAAGCGAAUUACAAAAGGCGCAGCGCGAAUUGGAGGAUCAGGAAGAUGAGGAGGAGGAAGAUUACGAUCCUGGUAGUGAAGGUGAUAGUGAUGGGAGUGGGUCUAGUAGUGAGGAGGAUGAUGACGAGGACGAAGACGAAGAUGGAGAGGAGGACGAUGAGGAUGAGGACGGUGAUCAGGAUCUCGUCAAGCAAGAGUUGGGUAGUGAAGCGGAAGAUGUUGAUGAGAAGGAAUUGUGAGGUUGUAUCGUACGGAAUUGGGAGUCAUGCACAACAAUUCAUGAGUGCCU